UUUCGAUUUCGGGCAUCCGUGAUGCUGUGCUGUAGGAUAAGGCUUCGGUUUUCUGCUUGUGUUCAUUGAAUAUUUAAACAAUACGCAUUAUAAAACAGAUUAUAUGAUGAUUCAUUACUAAGUGCACGCUUUAUAAAACUACAAAAAUGGUGGUUAAUGCCCCUGAGACGCCAAUACAGGCGGAGUUGAUAUUCGUCAUCGAGGCGACUUCAACAAAUGGGGCAUAUAUCAGCGAAUUAAAAACGAAUUAUAUCAUACCUACGCUUGAGUAUUUCCACGGAGGUGCACUAGAGGAGGGUGGUGGCAAUGGCUCCGUGUAUGGUAUUGUGACAUAUCAGGCAGCGGACAACUUGCUGGCUCUGCCUGUGAACACAUUUGGGCCAUUCACAUGCCCGCAGACAGUUGUAGAAACUAUUGAUAAGAUACAGUUUAUAGGAGGCCAAGCAGAGAGCCGAGCGUGCAUCACCGAGGCCCUGGUGGCAGUGGCUGCGUGCUUCGAGGAGCUCGGACGGACUGACAAGUCGAGACAUGUGCUGCUGCUGUGCUGUUCGCCCCCUUAUUCCGCUUAUGCUGGGGGAUUGGUGCCACCAGGUGCGCCGGGAACCAUAGAGCUGGCAGCCCGCCUCCUAGGCUCCAGUGGAGCUCAGCUGUCUAUCGCUGCGGCCAGACGUCUCCCUGCACUCUUGAAGCUGUACGAACACGCUGGCGGGGACACACAUCAUGCACAACUGAGGAAUUACGCUAAGGACCCUCGGCACCUAGUGUUGCUCCGCGGCUUCAGCCUUAAGGAGCGCCCGCCGAGCCCCGCGCCGCCGCCGGCGCCCGAGGCGCCCCCAGACAUAUAUGGUCAAGGCCGAGGCGCACCGCCGGCGGCGCCCAGGCCGCCACAGUUCCGGCCCACGGCCGCCGUCCGCCCCAACGCGGGCUGGCUGCCGCCGCCGCGCAACCCCUUGUACGACAACUCUGCCUUAGUGCGACAACUGACGCAGCCUUCAUACCCGCCCCCACAGCCUGGUAUCCAACGCAUGCCCGGUAUGAUGGCAGCAGGUCCUUCCACCGGGGCGGCUCCCACUCCUCAACGGACCUACAUCUGGAGCGGAGUACUAGAAUGGAUGGAGAAGGGAAAGAAUCCUGGAGAUCAGCAGAAGGUUACCAAGCAUCUACCAUGCCAAGUGUCAGCCAACUCGAAAGACAUAGAGCCAGAACUGAAAGUGGACACCUGGCCCAACAAACUCCUGAUGCAGCUGAUGCCCAAACAGCUGAUCAGCAACAUCGGAGGGCAGUACCUCAAGGAUAGCAAAUCCGUGCUGUUCCAUCUUCAGCAAAACGAGGCACUGGAAGCGCUUACCAAAGUCAUGGUUAAUGGAUUUGCCGGCUGCGUACACUUCUCACCAAUGUCCUCACCACCGCAAUGUGAUAUCAAAGUACUCAUCCUACUAUACACGCCUGACAAGAAAGCGUACCUCGGCUUCAUACCUAACAACCAAGCUACGUUCGUCGAUCGACUUAGAAAGGUGAUCCAGCAGCAGAAGAUGACUCAGAUCAUCAACAAACAGAUGCCACCAGCUGUCAGUUCGGCUCCUAUGCCCGGUGCAAUGCCUACAGCCACAAUGGCAGGAGCAGGAACGAUGCAGCCAACCAUGUCCUCGGCCGGCAUGUCCAGCGGCGGCAUGAGCGGCAUGGGCAUGGGCGGCGGCAUGGCGGCCGGCAUGGGCUCGCUGCCGCUCGGCCCGCAAGCCCCCAGUCCGCAGGGCAUACACCAGCAGAUGCAUCCCCAGGUCUACAGCGCUAGUCAAAUGUCUCGCGGCAUAUCCGGCGGCGGCAUGAGCGGCAUGGGCAUGGGCGGCGGCAUGGCGGCCGGCAUGGGCUCGCUGCCGCUCGGCCCGCAAGCCCCCAGUCCGCAGGGCAUACACCAGCAGAUGCAUCCCCAGGGCAUGAUGGGAAUGGGUGGUAACAUGGGCGGCCAGGUCCCCCAACAACAACAACAGGCUCCAGGCGGCAAAGGACCCCGGCCCUCACAGCUGGAUGGGCUGGAAGCCGCGCGGCAGCAGAACCUGGAGAAGAUCCAGCAAUUGCAGCAGACGCUCGAGGCUGCUCAUCAACAGGAAGCGCAGUUUAAGAGCCAGAUGGACAUCAUGUCGCACCUGCAAGCAGCACAACAACAGGAGCAGCACUACAAACAGCUGGAGGAGCAACGCAAGCACCAGCAGCAGCUCCAACUCCAGCAGCAGCUGCAGCGAGGACCUGGAGCUGUUCCCCGCAUCAUGAGACCCAUGAUGCCUUCCAACCCUGGACUCAGGCACCUGCUGCAGCAGCAACCGCAGUACAGACCGACCGGCGCCCGCGCAGCCCCGCCUCAGCAGUUCGAUGACGUCAACAACUACGACUUUAUUUAAACUUUGAUACUCUAAAAACCAUUUAAAUAAAAAGAAAAAUGGAAAGAUGUACUUCUGCAGUUGAACCAGCGACCUUUUGGAAUACCGGUCCAUGCGCUCUGUCCUACAGUAUGGCCGCUCUCUGCUUCCCGCUGAAAAUGCCGCCCACCCGCUCUCGAUUACCUCACAGUUACCGCCUGUCAAUAACGCGACCAGUCGACCUGUCUUAUCUCACUCAUGAAAGCAUGGUACAGUCACCGGUAUUAUGUGAUGAUUUCUGUACCUUGUCACGUUAAUGUCUUAUUUGAAAUAUAGUACGAAAUUGUCAAACGAUUAAAAGCGACAAGGUAUAGAAAUCAUUACUUACACACGGGCUAUGACUGUGUGCGUAGGAACGAGUUUGGGAGGAGAGGUUUUUUUAUAUAUUUGAUCGCCAUUGUCGGAGGUGUGGUGUCUCACUCACGUUAUAUUGUAAUAGACGUUACAAUUUGUAUAUCUGUACUGUUGUUUAUUUUAAGGUAAUAAUGAAUUAAUGAUUUAAUCAUUUUAUAAUAUAAUGAUUUGUGAUAUUCCUAAACAAAAGUUACCACACCGGUUGUGAGGUCGAUUUUAAAGCCUUAUUGCCGAAUAAGUUGUAAAUUUUGUUUAUGAACGACUCAUUUUAAUAUAGGACAUUGAAUAAAAGACUUUAAAUUAAA